AUGGAGAACCCUAUCAGACACUCGUUGGACAUAAAGUCCGAAGAUUUUGUAGUCUUAAUUUGUCUUCAGAAUUUGCAGACAUUUAUUAUGAUAGGUUAUACGGCAAUUAAUAAGGAGCAUUUAAAUUUUGAUUUUUCCUACUUAUGGGCAUUAUGUAUCGGAAGUGUUUUAUUCAUUUAUUCACUGAUAAGUUUUGUCUUUAUAAGAUCUUUUGUAUUUUCCAAAAUAGAUAUUGGGAAAUAUGUACUAGAAUUAUUAUUCUGCAUAAGUGUAGUGGUCACAUGUUCACUGUCAAUUAUAACAGAUUCUUUCAAAAUUGCAAAUAUGCAAUUACUUUUUUUUGCUUUUGCCUUAACAGGAUAUGCAUACUACAAUUUAAUUAUCCUGUUUUUUUUUAGUACUCUAAUUGGUAUCAUUAUUCAAUGUAAUUUGAAUAUUAGUGGAUUCAGAACACAUAUGAAUUCUUUAAUUAUCUUCGAUUUCUUUUCUUAUAUUUUACAAAUUAUUGGAGGAAAUAUCUUAUACUUUCGUAUGUAUGAACUGUGUACCCUUAUUGUUAUAUCCAAGAAAAACCCAUGUAAAUAUGUUGUAGCAUCCAAAGAAGUUAAACAAAUGGAAAAACGAAUCUUCUCAUCAUUACUUAAUUCUUACAUGUGUAUGAGAUCAAAAAAUUCUUCAGAUUUAACUUAUAAUAAUGAAUUCUUUACUAAAGGCACUCAAUCUAUUCUAGAUAGGGAUACAAAUGCAAAGGGAAGUUUUCAUGGAAUUAAUAAUUAUCAAGAAAAAAUAAACCAUUCCAAAAAGUUCUUCCUUCGUAGAAGCAAAAAGGAAAAGCGAAGCAUGCGUUCUCAUAGAUCCAUGUAUGGGGAUAAUAGCAAGUACAACAAUAGUCGAAGUAUAGCAAAUUUUCUUACAACAAAACACAGCCAUUCGCACCAAAAGAAAUUCAAAAUAUCCAAUACAUUACCAUUUCAUAAUAAUCUCAUACAUAAUCAUAGUAUUGUUAUUCAUAACUCACCUUGCAAAAAAUCCAUUUCAUCAAAAAUUAUCUAUAAUAAUGACACUCAUCAUAGGGCCAAAAAAAAAAAUUAUGAACAUUUCAGCAAAUCAAAAAAUGUAAGCAUAUCAAAGAAUUUAAACAGUCAUGUAAAGAAAAAAAAAGGUAUCCAUUAUUCUACUACCAAUAUCAAUUCCAAUGAGAAAGGCACAACCCUCUUGGACGGCAAAUUGGACAAAGCAGAACCUACAGACAAUGAAUAUCUCAUACCAAUUAAGGGAACCAACACUUAUAAAAAAACAUGCGAGAAACAAUCUGUGCAUGAAAGUUUCAAUAAACCUACUGCCAUGGCUCACGUGCUGGAUUCAAAAUGUACCACGCAGUAUAGCAGUGGACGCGGGUGCAUUCAGAAGGUGAAAAAGAAAAGGAGAGAAAAUUACGACACCUCAGUAGGUUUCACAGGAGGUUUAGUAGAUCAUCCAGACGUUGACCCAGAAGAUGAUUUCGAAGUUGACUUAGAGGCUGCCCCAUCAGCUAACCAAGCGAAAGGAAAUACACUCCGACGAUAUGACAAAAGAGUCGACCAUGUGUCUGCACACGCGGAUAAGACAUAUUCAGACAAUUCCAACAAUUCAGACAAUUCCAACAAUUCAGGCAAUUCCAACAAUUCAGACAAUUCAAACCAUUCAGACAAUUCAGACAAUUCAGACAAUUCAGACAAUUCAGACAAUUCAGACAAUUCAGAUAUAAUCCCACAUAUUCGCACGCAAAAGAAUAAAUCUAAAUAUCGGAAGUGUUCAUUCAAGCAGGCACGUUCCAUUGGAACACCCCUCAACAAUUUGAAAUCAGAACAAAUGAUGAAGAGGGAUAUGAGUACACAUACAUUGGCUGAACGGACAGGUACAAAAAUGGACAAUUACCAACAUAGCCAUAUGACCAGCAAAUCACGAAAAGCACAUAAAAAGAUCAAAAGAAAUGAGAGACUCAAAUCAUGCCAUCAGCAUAAUGAAUGGGACGACUAUGGAGCAAAUAGCGAAGAUAAACUAAAUUCAACGUUAGUAGGUAGACAAAAACAAAUGCUCAAAGAAGAAAAUGGACAUGAUAAUUCCUACAAUUGUGAUGUGAUUACAUGCAAUUAUAACAUAAUAAAAAGUACAUGUAAUAGGAAUCAUUCGAAUGAAGGAGGAAAUUCUGAGAUUUUUCCACAAAUAGAUGAGGAAGAGGAGGAGGAUGCGCAAGUUGUACAACUUGGAAAAGGACAAUUAGAAAGAAGUGAAGAACAAAAAUUGAUAAAAAAAAAAAAAACGGGAAUAUGUAUUCAGAAAAAAAAAAUUACGACACAGCAAAAUAUGGAGACAAAAAAUAAUGAUCUCGAAAAUGUCGUUCAAAGACAAUACACAAACCAGCCACGCUGUGAUCACACAAAUCAACCACACCAUGAUCACACUAACAAAUCACAGGAAAUUCAGUGCGGGAGGAAACACUCUACAUUGAGCAACUGCACAAAUCAUCAGAAUGACUUAAUCCAACAAGAUGAAAGCAAAUUCGAGUGUACUACGAAUGAAGAUGCAUCAGAUACUCUUGAAAGAACGUUGGGAGAAAGAGACCAGCGAAUAAAAAAAGAAAUAAGCCUAUCAGACGAAAGUGAUGAGGUGCACAGAAAGGUUAACACUACCAUUGUGAGUUUCAAAAAUGACACGAAUUUUCAAAAAAACUUAGUUUAUCACAAAUCUAAUAGUUCAUUACAAUACACCCAAAGAGACGAGAACAGUUCAUGCAAAGAUACUGUACAAAGUAGCAGUAACACCAAAAUGAUCGCAUUUGCAAAGAAUUAUCUACCCAGAAACUCAAAUAUGGAACUACGGAAUGGAAGUAACAUUAACUCUAAUUAUAAAUAUAAGAAAAGAAGUAUAAUAAAGCAACAAUAUGAAAUGUUAGACAAAAUUAUAGAACUUGAUAUCAGUAAUCAAGGUCAAAAAAACAAAAAAAAAAGUAAAAAAAAAGACUCAUUAGAAUUAUCAUCUAGUAUUUCAAAAAAAAAAAAAUAUUUUUCAAAAAAAAAAAAAAAUAAAUAUACAUCAUUUUUUCUUCAAAAUUCAAAGAUGCAAUAUUUAUUUACGUGUAUUCCACAAUAUUCUAGAAUCCUUUUUGACAAGACCAAAAAAAUAUUUUUUGAUUUAAAAAAAAAAAAAAUUUUAAUGCAAAACGCUACUUGGAAAAAUGAAAUAUUCAUACCUGAAAGAGACCCAUUAGGUUUAUUCAAAAAUGCAAAUUUAGAAAAAUGGUACAUAUCAUGGAUGGACGAAUUUAACAAAAAUAUUAUUGCAAAAACGUAUUUUAUAUAUAUUUACUUAAUUAUGUAUUUAAUAAUGCUAGAUUUUAUAACAGCCUAUAAAUUGUACUACACUACCACUCAUCGGACAACAAUCAAAGCAUUAAGACAACAUAAUAAUUAUUUACAUUACUAUUUCUUUAAAUUCUUUAUUAAUGUAUUUGUUUAUGUCAUCUAUUUAUUUUUUAUAACAUAUAAAAUAAAAAAAGUACAUCAUUAUAAUAUUAAGCGAUAUUAUUUUGUUACACUCUUAUUGUGCAUUGCAAAGCUCAUUAUAUCAGCAUCUGACAUUUAUGUAGCUAUUAGCUCAUUGGAUUAUUUUAUGAGCCCCUAUUAUGUAUAUGUAUACAUACAUAUGCUAAUUGUGCAGACAUCCAUGUUAUUAAUAGUUAGAUAUCCGACACACUAUUUGUUAUUUUUCUUAUACGCAAUUUGUUUUACUUCUCUCUACUGGUGUUUCUCUAUUCAUAAAUCUUUUAUGGAAUUUAUUUUCAUUAUUGCUUGUGUUUCCUUUAGUAUCAUAUAUUCCUACGUACUAUGCUCCAGGACAUUAGAGAUUAAUCGACGCAUAUUGUUUUCAAAAUAUGAGCUACCCUACCUCUUAUAUUUGAAGGAAAUAUCCUCAUGUUUGAACAGGAACAGAUCCUUUGGUGGAUCAAGGGCUCAGUAA